GGCGCAGAGCAGAGGGACACACACAGAAAGAGAGAGAAAGAGGAUCGGAGACUUCUGGGCUCAAAUCAAAACACACUCAAAUUUGAUCAAUAUACUCUUUUUUAAGCAAAAAAUGCAAAAUGGGUUCGUACUCAGAGUUGCAGGCUUUUACACAGCCGUCUUUACUAUUAUUACCAUUAUCAUUAUUACCUUGCACAAAGGUUGUGUCCCCAGAUAUAUCAAAUCUCUCUCUUCAAUCACAGUCUGUGACAAUAAUGACUCUCUUUUUAUCUCUAUUAUCUCCUUGAUUCCCAUUAAUCCUCCGUCUGCAGCCAUAAGUCACACAUUCACAUCCAUGUAAAGCUCUCUGCUUUCUUUUUACCAUCCUUUCAUUUUCUUAGAAUUUUUUUACUCUCGCUUCUGGGUCUUAAUUAUCCUUGUCAGAUCAUGUAAUUACUGCCUCUGCCACAAUAGCUUAUUAGCUUUUCGUAUGCUAUAGCAUUCACACCUAACAUUACUUGCCCGCUUCUUCUCUGUCCCUUACUAUUUGCUACUAGUGGUUGCUUUAUUACUUCUUGUAGUACUGCUUGCUUGGUCUCAUUUUCGCAUCUUCUUUCGAGUUUUUCUCUGGUUUUUUCUUGGAGAGAAUAAAUGGCAGAAACUUGUAGAGUACUGGCUUCUGCUAAGUCGGGUUGUUCUUCCUCGGUACCGUCGUUGCCUCCGCCUUGCCCCAAGUCUCCACCGGAGUAUCCGGAUUUGUAUGGCAAGCGUAGGGAAAUGGCUAAGGUGCAGAUGCUUGAGAGAGAAAUCGGUUUCCUAGAGGAGGAACUAAAAUCUGUUGACAGCCUCCAGCCGGCAUCCAGAUGCUGCAAAGAGAUCACUGACUUCGUGGUUGCAAACCCAGAUCCUUUAAUACCUACAAAUCGAAAGAAUCGAAGGUCUUGUCGAUUCUGGAAGUGGCUAUGUGGAAUACCCUGUUUUAAUUUAUCAUGGAUUUGUUGUUGCUGCUAUUCGGGAUGCUCUUUUCACAUACACUUGCCGCGCUGCUGUGACUGCAACUGUGACUGUGACCCGUGUGGUCUAUGCAACCGCUGUUCAAGUAUUCGUUGCCCAGCACCCAAGUGGCAGUGCUCCUCUUGCCAGAGCUGUUUUCCUUGCCAUUGCCAUUGCCCUUGCUCGUGCGCCUGUCCUAGAUCCAAUUGCUGUAAAAACAUCUCAAGCUGCAGUAACUGCUGCACUUGCAGUAACUGCUGCAAAUGUCGAUUUCCUUCGCGCCCAGAUUGCUCUUGUUGCAGAUGUUCAUGCCCAGAAUGCAGCAAUUGCAGUUGUUGCACAUGGUUAUGCUGUUGUCCAAGAUGGAGAUGCUCUGCUCCAAGAUGUCCUAAACGCCCCAAGUGUCCCAAGGUACGUCUUUGUUCCAGUUGUACCAAAACCUGUUGUAAUCCAUGUUGUCUAUUCUUUUAGCACAUUAGUUAAGCAGUAUGAGGAAAGCCUUUUCUCCAAUGAUACCAUUCAAUUUCUACACAAA